UCCUACCGACUAUUUCGUUAUAAGUUGCCUAUCACUUCUUCCCACGUCAGUCAUUUAUACGCUUGCCGCUGACGAGCAUACAUGUCAAUCUUUGAACAACUUCGCCAUUUCAACAUUUUUAUACAAUAACGAUCGUGUCGAGCAACCAUGUUGUUACCGAUUCUUCUCAUCUCUUGUCUGACAUCCACGAACGCUGGAAUGAUAGAUGAUGUGAUAAAUCUAAUACCGAAAUUGGACCCAUCAGAACUGAUACCAGAAAUUCCGGAUUUAUCACCUGAAGUUCCUGAGGAUGCAAACCUUACCACAAUGCAACUAAUAAGCAAAUACGGAUAUAAUGGUGAGGAGCAUAAUGUGACAACUUCUGAUGGUUACAUUUUGGCACUCCAUCGGAUAACAGGACCAAUAAAUUCUACCGAUUCGAAUAAACCUGUUGCGUUUGUGGUGCCCGGCAUUCUGUGCGACUCGUCUUGUUAUACUAUUACUGGCAACCGAAGUUUAGCGUUUGUUCUGGCGGAUGCAGAGUACGAUGUGUGGAUCGCUAACCCGCGUGGCACUACAUAUUCUCGUGAACAUACAAAUGAAACAAUCUCGGAGAAGGACUACUGGAAUUUCAGUUGGCACGAGAUUGGUACGAUUGAUCUUCCAGCGAACAUAGACUAUAUUGUGAAGACCACCGGUUGUGAAAAAAUGUUCUACCUAGGACAUAGCCAAGGUACCACCACUUUCUUCGUCAUGUCAACGCAACGCCCCGAAUAUCAGAAGUAUAUCCUGGAAAUGUACGCUAUGGCUCCGAUCGCUUACUGCGGCAGGAUGAAGAGUCCCCUUUUACAACUGCUGUCACAGAUUACCGAAGUUGGGGAGAUUGCGCAGCACUUUGGCGUGAACGAAUUCAAUCUUGACAAUGAAUUAAUAAAUACAGGUGCACAAUUGGUAUGCGCCAGUGAAGCUAUUACCCAACCGAUAUGCGAGAAUGCGUUGUUCCUAAUGGCUGGAUUCAAUCCCGAGCAAUUUGAUUCGGAACGUUUACCAGCAAUCUUAGGACAUUAUCCUACUAGUGCAUCUGUAAAGCAAUUUCUACACUAUGGACAAAUCAUCAAAUCUGGAAUGAUGAUCACAUCGGGAAGGUUCCAACAAUAUGAUUAUGAGCUUGACAAUUUAGAAAAAUACCACUCACUUGUUCCACCAAAAUAUGAUUUGAGCAAGAUCACAGCACCGGUUCAUUUAUAUUACAGUAAAAACGAUUGGUUAGCUAAUACUAAGGAUGUGGAUAAGCUUAGCGAUGAAGUGGGCAAUCUCGCCAGCAAAAUUUUAGUAGCGGACGAGAAAUUUAAUCAUCUUGACUUUCUAUGGGCUAAGGAUGUGAUGAAGUAUUUAUACGACCCGAUACUCAAUGAAAUGAAUAAGAAACGUCAAUGAAAUGUCAGCAGCUAUUCCUCGGAAUUCCUGCGAUUAAUCUACAGAAUUUGCCUUUUUCGUUGACAAAUAUAUUUUAUCUUUAGAUCAACGUUUGCGUUUAAUGUAAUUCAGUAUACAUUGAUUUGAGUUAUUAAUCCUUUGUUAAUGUUUUAUAUCCCUAUUAAAUAUUUUUUCUAUUUGCAAUGUAA